GACCUAGAGGAAGGUCUUUUCAAAGGCAAAGUUCUCCUUCAGGCAUACAAAGCCGUGUUUACAUCACCUUCCUCAGCAAAGGAUGUUGAAGGGGAUGGUGAUGGCACAGAUGUCAUCCAGAACAACAGACAUGCUAAGAGGUUGGCCUUCAGAGCUAAAGUCAAGAAACAUGUUGCUCACAUCAUCAAGAUGAGGAAAGUUACGCCUCGCUCAAUCGUUCGAUUUGCACUUUCAUCUGUUACCUCGUGGUGCUCUGUUGACGGUGACUUUGACUAUGAACAAUUCUGGCGGAUCAUCAUGGACUUUUUGAAA